AUGGCUCCUUUCGCAUCCCUCCACACUUGGGCCGGAAACCCUCGUAUCGUCCCGGCCCUCGCCGCUGCCAAACUCAACGGCCUCGAAAUCGAACUCCCCGAGUUCAAGUACGGCGUCAACAACAAGGACCCCGUAUGGGUGGCCAAGUUCCCUCUCGCCAAGGUCCCCGCCCUCGAGACUACUGGCAACCACCCGCAGUUCGUGGUGGAGAGCGCCGCUAUCGCGCUGUUCCUCGCCGACUCGGGCCCGUUCCGUGAGCAGCUCCUCGGCGCCACCCCGGAGCAGCGCGCAAAGAUCAACCAGUGGAUCUUCCACGGCGAGCUCGAGAUGGUGCCGCACAUCCUUACGGGGCUGAAGCACUCGAGGAAGCUGGUGCCGUUCUCGCAGGAGAACGAAGACGCGGCACAGAAGGGAAUCGACAGAAUCGCGGCGGUCCUCGAGGAGCAGCUGGAAAAGCACCAGUGGAUCGCCGAGACGGAGAAGUUCUCGAUUGCCGAUUUGAUCGUCGCUGCGACGUUCGAUAUGGGACUCAAGUCCUGGUUGAAAAAGGAGUGGAGAGACGCGCAUCCCAAGAUUGUUGCUUGGUACACCAAGGUUACUGAGAUUGAGGCGUUGGAGGGAAUUUUCGGUGAGCAGAAAUUCACGGAGGAGUAG